GUUUUGAGUUCUGUCCGCCCACUCUCGACUUCGAUCAAUCAUGACAACGAAUGCGAAAGCGUCUUCUUGGUUAAUCCAAAGACUUGAUGAUGAAAGGACAAUAUUCGAUAACGACGUGUACCCGCUAUCCAUUAUCCAGAAUAAGCGGUUCAAUGAUUGUGUUAAGUUACUUCGAGAAGGUGAGACCUCGCUAGCGAGCAGAUCGGGUCAGCGGUCGAGCAGGCGAAGGCGGGUGCGUCUCUUUUUGGCGGAUGUAUUUUCAAGCUUAGGCUCAGCGGCAUUUCUCCUCUGCACCCUGGCAGCACCAAUCACAACUCUAGCCACAGUAAGGCAGCUUGGCCUCCUUCAACAUAUUGGAAAAUGGUGGAAGACCGUUCCGCAUCCGCGAGGAUUGGUGGAAAAAGCGAAUAAGCUCUGCUCGACUGCAUCGAUCCCUCGCCUGGUGUCCCAAAUCGUCCCAAAUCGAAACCCGAAAGAUACUACAGAAUCGCAUGUAGACUAUAAUCAAGAGGCACCGCACAUACCAGACGAGGGACAAUUCCGACCCACAACGGAACAUACACAUGCAACUACUGAAUUGCAGCAGCUUCCUCGCGAAGAAUUGUUGUGCUUCAAGUCAGCCGAUCUCUCCACAUUUCUCCGUGAAUGCCAGAAGACCUACCCUUCUCAUCGUACGGUAUGUCCUUCAGAACCGUCUUCGCCGGCUGAGAUAAUACUGGAACCAACACUGGGUUUAAGUGCGAAAUUGGAGCUAUCUCCUACCGCUUUCGAUUUGAAGAAGCUUCUUAGCUUAGUCCAAAAACAUCAAGAAUGCUCUCCGAAUUUCUGGCUGGAGUGUCCUUGGGAUGGCGUUCCGCUACCAUCCAUUAACCUAGUGCUGGAUCCCACGCUUGGUUUAACAGCAAAACUCGAACUCUCUCUUCGGCUGAGCGAGGCUCUUAUGAAACAUUUGUUCGCUUCAAAGGGUCCCACGAACUCGGAAGUAUCGCACUGAAGGGGUUCCCAAUAUCCUGUAGCUAUCUCCACGCUUUACGACAACAAUAACAUAACCCCAGCCUUGACCAGUGACUACGUUUGUAAUGUUGUCCCCAAAUGCUCGGACUGCGCCACCACUGCCGUGUUUCUUAACCAGAAUGGCACGAACGGAAGCGUCGAUAGGAUCAUGUAUUGUUGCGACGGUUUCUGGCCCAAUGUCUACUGGCUCUUUGCACAAUUCCUCGGCUUUCUCUUCCAGUUUCUUAUCAUCGGCUGCAAUAUCAUCCACUGAAAGUCCUCCAUCCAUCGUCGUUAUUUGGUUCCUUAAGGUUAAGAAGCUGAGAGGCCGAAUUAUAUGUGUAGUUUGGGGAUCGA